ACCACGGUCCCAGGAGACGCAGCAGCGACUUUGAGCAGGAUCAUCUCAGAACCUGUAAGGAGAACCCCCAAUCUGUUUGUGGUGAUCACGGAAAGCUGAGCAGGGCAUCAUGACCAGCCACCAGACAGCAAAAACUUUCAAGAAAUCUGCCAUCCCAGGGGUUCUUAUCACCCAGUUUGUGAAUGAUGUUCCAAAAGGAUGCAGUACACCUGACUUUGAGAGGAAACCUCUCACUCUGACACUUCAAGAAGGUAAAAAUGCCAUUUUCAGAGGUGUGGUCAAAGGUGUCCCAACCCCAGAGGUGAAAUGGUCACGCACACGAAAAGGGAUGGACGAUCCUGCCAAAUACGAAAUGUCCUUCAAUAGUGCUACAAAUGAAUUCAUUCUGCAGAUCAAAAAGCUGGUCAUGGAUGACAGUGAUUUGUACCGGUGCUGUGCUGUCAAUGAAUAUGGAGAAGCUUCCUGCUCUGUUGGCCUCAGGAUCAUCCAAGUUGGCUUUAAGAGGAAAGCAAAAUAUGUUCCUGUUCAUGCUGCUGAUGAGCUGAAGAAGACACUCCAGGACUCUAAGAAGAUGCUGAGGAAGAGGGUUGUAGCACCAAAACCAAAACCCCUGGACAAAGAAGCCGUGUGGCAGCUGUUGCUCCAUGCAGACAAGAGAGACUAUGAGAAAAUCUGUAUUAAAUAUGGAAUUGCUGACUUCCGUGGGAUGCUGAGGAAGCUGCAGGAGCUGAGGAAGGACACAGAGAAUGAACAAGAUGAGUUAAUUCACAAUAUCAAAAACUUUGAACACAUCAGAGUCAACAAGGAGGGAAACGCUACAUUCAGCCUGGAGAUGGAGCUGAAAAAUAAAAACAGCAACGUGUAUCUGCUCAAGGAUGGCCAGCGGCUCCGCUAUGGGAUGGGGGAUGAGUACAGGAAGCACUGCCUGAGGAGAAUUGGGAGAAGGUACCACUUCAUCAUCAAUGAUGUGCAGCCAGAGGAUGCAGGCUUGUACCAAGUCAGGGUGGAGGACGUCCCUGUUUUCUCUACUGAACUGGAUGCUGAAGCCAUCCCUGCCAGGUUCCAGCAGCCGCUCAGCGAUGUGCGCUGUCCCGAGGAGGGCGACGCCGUGUUCCGCUGUGUCCUGCGCACGCCCUGCCACGACGCCGUGUGGCUGCACAAGACCCAUGCCCUGGAGGCCGGCCAAAAGCACCAGAUCUCUGUGACACCUGAUGGCCUCACCCACCAGCUCAUUGUCAAGAACGUGGUGCCCUCUGACAACGGCAUGUACACGCUGGACGUGGGGCACGGCUCCUCCAGCGCCUGGCUCCUCGUGGAGUAUGCCAAAGGGAAGAAGAGACAGGAUGAAGAAGGAAUUGAAAAAAUUGAAAGAGAGAAAUCAGAGUGGCUGAAGGAAACAAUGGCAGACAAUGAAAGGGCGAGGAAACUUCGGCGCCAAGAACGCCAAGAACGUGUUGGUGAUGAAAGUCAUCCCAUGGACACUGGCAUGGAAAAAACUGGCUGGUACAGGAAGGGUCAAGGCAGCAGCCAAGACAGAGGCCAAGGCAGCAGCCAAGGCCACUCCAUGGAUACUGAUGAUGGAAGCCAUAUAUUUUUGGGAAAAGAGGGGCUCCGCAAAACCCACAUAAAUGGAGGGAUGGGGCCUGGACAGUUUUCUGGAGCAGAUCUAGAUGGAGACUCAGUGACAAAUGAUGGCAGUAUCUUUGGAUUAAAAGGCUUAGGAGGCAAAAGUGGAUUAAGGCCUGUGCAUGGCAAGGACUUUGUGACAGGCAGAGAAGGUCCUGGUGAUGGAGUAGGAGGAGCAGGGGAACGGAAUUCUGUGGCUGGCAGAGGCGAGGGUGUGCUGGGUGUUGGUAACAUUGACAUGGAUGAUGGAGAAGGUUUGGGCUCUCAGCAUGACAAAGACGGGAAUUUAGGUGACCCCAGCUACAGAGCUGGCUUUGGGGGUGUUGGGAGAUUUGGUGCCACUGAUGGAAGUUCUGUACCAGAUGGACUUGGUCCUGAUUCGGCCAGAGUGGGAGAUGGUGUGGGGGAUUUGUUCAGCAGGACUGGUCCAGGGGCUGGAGCAUGGAGGAGUGCUGCAGAUGCUGAGAUGGCAGGCAGAAUGGGGUCCCACCACGGCAAGGAUGGUGAUCCAACUGUGGGUGAUAUGAACAGAGCAGGGAUAAACAGAGAGGGACAAACAGGGGCUCCUUAUGACAAGGACAGCCUGACACCUCAUGCCAGUGCUCAGUUAGGUCAGGGGGGAAGGUCUGGCUCACUGUAUGGUCCAGGUGGGCUUUCAGGUGGAGAUGGGGCUCUACCUCAUGCAGGUGGCAGUUCUAUAGGAGAAAUGGAGGCUUUCUAUGGUCCAGAUGGUCGGCCAGUGGGAGCAGGUUCUGAUGGUGUUGGUGGUUCAGGUGCAGGGGCAUUUGGAUCUCCCUAUGGAAAGGAUGGUCUCCCAGCUGGAGCAGGGGUUGGUGGUGCUGGUGCAGGGGCAUUUGGAUCUCCCUAUGGAAAGGAUGGUCUCCCAGCUGGUGCAGGGGUUGGUGGUGCUGGUGCAGGGGCAUUUGGAUCCUAUGGAAAGGAUGAUCUCCCAGCUGGAGCAGGGGUUGGAGGUGCUGGUGCAGGGGGAUUUGGGGCUCCUUAUGGGAAGGAUGGUCUCCCAGCUGGAGCAGGGGUUGGAGGUGCUGGUGCAGGGGCAUUUGGAUCUCCCUAUGGAAAGGAUGGUCUCCCAGCUGGGGCUGGUGCUGGUGGAGCUGAAGGUGGUGGCUUUGGAGUGUUGGAUCUUCUGUAUGGAAAGGAUGGUCUCCCACUUGGAGCAGGUGUUGGUGCUGCUGGUGUAGCUGAGGGUUCAGGGGGAGUUGGUUUUCCCUAUGGAAAGGAUGGUCUUCCAGCUGGAGCUGGUCUUGGUGGUGCUGGUGGUGCUGGUGCAGGGGGAUUUGGGUAUCCAUAUGGAAAAGAUGUCCUCCCUCCUGGUCCAGGCACUGGUGGAGUUGCAGGUGGUGGUUUUGGAGGUGCUGGAUCUCCUUAUGGAAUGGACGGUUUUUCAGCUGGAGCAGGUGCUGGUGGUGCAGGGGGAGCUGGGGCUCCUUAUGGAAAGGGUGGUCUCCCUGCUGGACCAAGCAUUGGUGAAGCUCCAGGUGGUGGUUUGGGAGGUGUUGGAUCUCCAUAUGGAAUUGAUGGUUUCCCAGCUGGAGCCAGUGCUGCUGGUGCAGGGGGAUUUGGAUCUCCAUAUGGAAAGGAUGGGGUCCCUGCUGGGGCUGGUGUUGGUCCUGGUGGUGCUGGUGCAGGGGAAUUUGGGUCUCACUAUGCAAAGGAUGGUCUUCCAGUUGGAGCAGCUGUUGCUGCUGGUCCAGGGGCAGUUGGGGUUCCCUAUGGAGAAGAUGGUCUCCCAGUUGGAGCUGGUGUUGGUGGGGCUGGUGGUGCUGGUGCAGGGGGAGUUGCAGCUCCCUAUGGAAAGGAUGGUCUUCCAGUUAGAGCAGGUGUUGGUGGUGCUGGUGUUGGUGGUGCUGGUGUAGGGCCAUUUGGGUCUCUCUAUGGAAAGGAUGGUCUUCCAGCUGGGGCUGGUGCUGGUGGUGCUGGUGCAGGGUCAGUUGGUUCUCCCUAUGGAAAGGAUGGUCUUCCAGCUGGAGCUGGUGUUGGUGGUGCAGCUGGUGCAGGAGGAGUUGGUUCUCCCUAUGGGAAGGAUGGUCUUCCAGCUGGAGCUGGAGCUGGUGGUGCAGCUGGUGCAGGAGGAGUUGUGUCUCCCUAUGGGAAGGAUGGUGUUCCAGCUGGAGCUGGUGGUGCAGCUGGUGCAGGAGGAGUUGUGUCUCCCUAUGGGAAGGAUGGUGUUCCAGCUGGAGCUGGUGCUGGUGGUGCAGCUGGUGCAGGAGGAGUUGUGUCUCCCUAUGGGAAGGAUGGUGUUCCAGCUGGAGCUGGUGGUGCAGCUGGUGCAGGAGGAGUUGUGUCUCCCUAUGGGAAGGAUGGUGUUCCAGCUGGAGCUGGUGGUGCAGCUGGUGCAGGAGGAGUUGUGUCUCCCUAUGGGAAGGAUGGUGUUCCAGCUGGAGCUGGUGCUGGUGGUGCAGCUGGUGCAGGAGGAGUUGUGUCUCCCUAUGGGAAGGAUGGUGUUCCAGCUGGAGCUGGUGGUGCAGCUGGUGCAGGAGUUGGCUCUCCCUAUGGAAUGGAUGGUCUCCCAGCUGGGGCUGUGGCAGGAGCUGCUCAUUUUCCAUUUGGAGAUGAGGGAGCAAUGGGAUCUCAGCGUGGCAGGGACAGUGGGCUGUGCAGAGCUCUGGGAUAUCCAGGUGGAGCAGGAGGAGAGGGUUUUUCCAUGGAAGGUGGGGGUGUCGGUGGCUCCGCAGUGUGGGGCGCUGGGACUCCCUAUGGCAAGGACAUGGGAUCAGCUGGAGCCUGGGCUGGUGCAGGUGCCGUUGGGAGGUUGGGAGGGGAUGAAAGGGAUUCAUUCCUUGGUAAAGGAGGUGUGGGAGGUGGUGGUGGACCAGGUGGUCAAUAUGGAAAGGGCAUUGCCAAUGAUGUGAGAGGAUUAGGGAACCAAGGUUCAGCUGAUGACAGAGAGUCACUGUCAGGUCAAGGAGAUGUCAAGGGUGAGGGUAGAGAUUUAGGACAGUUGGGCUCCCUUUAUGGCAAAAAUUCUGCCUUUGGAGGGGCAGGGAGUAAAUCCCAUAGCAAACCUGUUAAUGGGAGUAGUUCAGAUAGCUUUUUUCAAGGUCCACCGAGUCAAGGUCAGAUGUCAGGUCUUUUUGGUGGACUUCCUCCAAUAAGCCAGAGGAAUGAGGAACCUGACUUGGGAAUUAAAGCAAAGGAUCUCCCGAACAAUACGGAAAUUACGGCCCAAAAAAAACGGUCUUGCCUGGAUGAUCUCAAAGUACCACGGUGUUACCUCAACAAGCAGCUGGCGACGGUCCGGGUGGUGAAGGGGGAACCAGCUGAGCUGUCCUGCACUGUCAGCAAAGAUGAUGUGACAGGAACCUGGUUUAAAGAUGGGCUAAAGUUGACAAGCAUGCAAGGAGUCGUGUUUGAAAAGAAAGGUCUAGUCCACAAACUAAUUAUUAACAAAGCUGAAGAUAUUCAUGCUGGGAAGUACAGGUUUGAAGGUGGAGAUGUGAAAACUGAAGCUUCAAUUUUUGUUGAAGACCCUCCACAGGUUGACAAAGUUCUCCUCAAAAACUUGACCAGUGUUCCCACGGUGGCCAAGGCUGGGCAGCCAGUGAAGCUCAGGAUCCCCUUUGAGGGCCGUCUGCCCAUCAGGGCCACGUGGCUCAAGGACAAGAUGGAGCUGGCAGAUGACACCAGGAUCCGUGUGGAUAAAACAGACACUCACACCAUGCUGUCCAUCCCCAGCUGUGAGAGGAAGGACCGUGGGGAUUACAAGGUCAGGCUGAAGAAUGACAGUGGAGUCCUGGAGAUCAACUUAAAGCUCACGGUCAUAGACAAGCCACAACCACCAGCAGGACCCAUCAAAAUUGUUGAGAGCUCUGCAAACGACAUCACCAUCCAGUGGCAGCCCCCAAAGGACGACGGGGGCAAACCAGUGCAAAGGUACAUUGUGGAGAGGCUGCAGGUGGGCAAGAACAACUGGGAGACUUUGGGAGAAACCCCCAGGAGCUGCACCACCUUCACUACUAACAAAGUGGAAGAAGAUACAAGCUACUACUUUAGGGUGAGAGCUGUGAACGUGGAGGGAACGAGUGAUGCGCUGGAGUCGGGUGAAGUGAAGGCGGUUGGUAAAGCUUCCCCUGGGGCCCCAGAUCCCCCUGAGAUCGUCAGUGCCAGCAGGGACACCAUCACAAUAUCCUGGAAAGCACCUCGUAAAACUGGUGCUUCCCGAAUUGUGGGAUAUAUAGUUCAGAAACGCAAGAAGGGCACCGUGACCUGGCUGCCAGUCACCAAUGGGCCUGUAAAAGACAAGAAGCUGAAGGUGACCAACCUCAAGAAAGGUCUGCAAUAUGAAUUUCGGGUGGCAGCUGUCAAUGCUGCUGGCACAGGAGAUGCCAGUGACCCCUCACAGCCCGUCUUUGCCCGGGAUCCCACGAAAUCCCCAGGUCAAGUGCAGGAGCUCAAGGUGAGCAGCUGUGACAGCACCAGCAUCACCCUGACGUGGAACAGACCUGAGGUCAAAGACGGGAACGAAGUGAAAGGCUACGAGGUGGAGGUGAGGCCUUCCCACAGCUCCAGCUGGACCAGAUGCCUCACCCUUCCUGCAGAGGCCACCACGGGCACAGUCAAGGGCCUCCAGCCCAAGGAGAAGUAUUUCCUGCGUGUGAGAGCCCUCAACGACAGCGGCCCAGGAGAGGCCACAGAGCUCGAGGCCUUUAUGGAGGCUGCUGCCCCUGUGGUUCCUCCCAGAUUACUAAUCGAUGACACAGUGAAAAACCUCCUGGUUAUAAGAGCAGGAAACACCAUCCGGGUGAAUAUUCCCUUUGAGGGAUCUCCAGAGCCAGUGGUGAUCUGGUUAAAGGAUGGGCUCCCUCUUCCCAACCGGGCUACCAUAAAAACCGAGGACGGAACCACCCGGCUGCUGAUCGGGGCAGCCGAGCUCGGCGACAGCGGCACCUACAGCGUGGAGCUGCAGAACGAGCUGGGCAAGAGACAGACCUUCAGCUUCCAGGUCCAAAUUACAGACAUCCCACAGCCUCCUGGACCACUUAAGUUGGAAGAGAAUGUACCCAACACAGUGACAGUGACCUGGGAACCAUCAGAAUCUGAGAAGUGGGAAAAGAACCUCUACUACACUGUCCUAAAACGGGAAUCCGAGAAGGGCGUGUGGCACGUGGUGGGGGACCUGCUCUACAACAACAAGUUCACGUUCACCAGUGUGAUCCCAGGCAGGGAUUAUUACUUUAAGGUGGUGGCAAAGAACAGCCUGGGAGCCAGUGCUCCAUCUGAAACUGUGCAGCCUUGGAGGAUUCGAAAAACAAAGGCUGAAAUCCGAGUCACACCCCAGAAAUACAGGGGAGUCAAUCAAAACCAGCACCCAAGAUUCCUUGUCCCGCUGAAGCCCCACGUGGUGGUGACAGGGAGUGAGUGUCACAUGAGCUGUGCAGUUGGGGGCCACCCGCCCCCAAAAAUCACCUGGUACAAAGACAGUAGAGACCUCUCCAAUGAUCCAAACUAUUUCUGCACAAACGACUUUGGAGUCUGCUCCCUGGUUAUCAUGGGGGUCACCAAACAGGAUGCAGGAGAAUAUAGGGUGGAAGCCUCCAAUGAAGUGGGUUGUGUCUCCAGCAGAGCCUUCCUCGCCAUCAAAGAUUCCACCCUGUAG